CCACUCUCUGUUUUCUCAAUCACCUUCGCAUUCCAAACCCUAGUUCCCAUCGCAAUGGCCAAGGGCGAGAAGAAGCCAGCGGAGAAGAAGCCCGCCGCCGAGAAGGCACCACCGGCGAAGGCGGAGAAGAAGGUCCCGACGAAGGACGCGGCCUCCGUUGACAAGAAGAAGAAGAAGAAGUCGAAGAGCGUCGAGACCUACAAGAUCUACAUCUUCAAGGUGCUGAAGCAGGUUCACCCUGACAUUGGAAUCUCCAGCAAGGCUAUGGGGAUCAUGAAUAGCUUCAUCAAUGAUAUCUUUGAGAAGCUUGCUCAGGAGUCUUCGAGACUUGCGAGGUACAACAAGAAGCCUACCAUCACCUCGAGGGAGAUUCAGACUGCUGUUCGCCUUGUGCUUCCCGGUGAGCUUGCUAAGCAUGCUGUCUCUGAGGGUACCAAGGCUGUUACGAAGUUUACCAGCUCUUGAACAAUUAGGGUUUACUGAUUGUAUAUUUUGAAAUUGUUGGGUGUUUUGGUUGAAUUGAAACAGAAUAUAUAUGGGAAUUUGAUAUUUGGUCCAA